CUCAGCAGGCCCUGUCCUCCCCUGUGGCCUUAUUCCCCUCCCUUCUUACGGUCCAUACAGCUGAGUUGGUCUCGCAGGCUGGAGAGCAAGAUGUUGUUUUCCUUUUUCCUUCUCGUCGCUCCCUUUGUAUUGCUGUCCACAGCAUCGACCUUGCCAAAGAGUGUUCGCCUCGGCCCCGGAGAGGACGGUCAAGUGCAAUGUGAGGGCGCAACGGUGACAGAAACAGUAUGGCUGCCUGAGCCUACGCAGAUGGCGGCCUCCAAGGGGGAAGGGGGAACCACCGCGGCUGCUACAACCAACUCUCCACCAGCACCAUCGUCAACCAUGCCACUCUUUGUAUCGCCUGAAAACGCAACCGUUGCCAGCGGUAACGCAACUGCCAGGGUGGUGACCUAUCGCAAUGCUCUCUACUUCACCAACUGGGGCAUCUAUGGGGCCAACUUCCAACCCCAGCAGCUUCCAGCGGAUAAGCUCACCCACGUGCUCUAUGCUUUCGCCGACAUCGGGUCCGAUGGAGAGGUGAAAUCAUCCGACUCCUAUUCGGACCUCGAAAAGCACUAUGCCACGGAUUCGUGGAACGACAAGGGACAGAACGCCUACGGCUGUGUCAAGCAGCUGUACAUCCUCAAGAAGAAGCACAGACGGUUGAAGACGCUCCUCUCCAUCGGCGGCUGGACAUACUCUCCCAAGUUUGCCCCAGUUGCCGCAACCGAGGACGGACGCCAACGCUUCUGCAACUCGUCCGUCACGCUACUGAAAGACUGGGGCUUCGACGGCCUCGACAUCGACUGGGAAUACCCCUCGAGCGCAGCCGAAGCCCAAAACUUCGUGCAGCUGCUGCAAACAUGCCGGCAGGCCCUGGACGCAUACGCCGCCGCGCACGCGCCGGGGUACCACUUCGAACUGACGGUCGCCGCGCCGGCGGGGCCGCAGAACUACAACACUUUGGACGUCGCAGCGAUGGACCCCCUGCUGGACGCAUGGCACCUGAUGGCGUACGACUACGCCGGCCCGUGGGACUCGACGACGGGCCACCAGGCGAACCUGCACGCGAGCGCGCGCAACCCGCUGGCGACCAAGUUCAGCACGGACCGGGCGGUGGCCGACUACAUCGGGCGCGGCGUGCCCGCGCGCAAGCUGGUGCUGGGCCUGCCGCUGUACGGGCGCGCCUUCGAGGCGACCAAGGGCUUGGGCCUGCCCUACGCCGGCGUCGGCCCGGGCUCGUUCCAGCCGGGCAUCUGGCUGUACCGCGACCUGCCGCGCCCGGGCGCCGCCGCCGUGCUGUACGACGACGAGGCCGGCGCGAGCUACAGCUUCGACGCCGAGACGGGCGAGCUGGUCUCGUACGACACGCUGCGCAGCGCCGCGGCCAAGGCCGAAUAUCUGGUCCGGAAGGGCAUGGGCGGCGCCGUGUUCUGGGAGGCGAGCGGGGAUAAGGUCGGGAAUGCGAGCUUGGUCGGCGCGCUGGCCGGGGGGAUGGGCAGGCUGGACACGGCGCAGAACUGGUUGGCCUAUCCGGAGAGCCGGUAUGAUAACAUUCGGUUGGGCAUGCCAGGGGAGUGAGGGGAAGAGGAAGGAAGAGGGGUGGCUUGGGAGGAGGGAGAUAUUUAUUGUGGAGGGCGUUUCCUGUGUUGUAGACUUACUUGGUCUUCUUCCUUGGGCUUUUGGGUAUCGGUCAUGUUCAGAUUUCUAUUCACUGCGUGGCUGGUACCCUGUCCCUUCCCCCAAAAGCAUCUCCGUUGGGGUACAUGUACAUGACACGAUAGAGUUCUCUGGCUGGCAACUCAUUAUCCACCCUCGGUUCUCGUGCCUCGGUGUCUUCAGAUGCUUUGUUUGCGCAAGCCAUCCCAAACACUAAGGUGGCCAUGUUUACGGUUGAGCCGUGUGCUGGAAUCCUGGGAGACAGUCAGUGUCUUAGAUGGC